GGUGGUGGUGGUUCUACCGUUGGUGGUAACGUUACUACCAGUAGAGGGGGUCUCUCGAAGGGUGUUGGAGAAGAGGAGAAGGAGGGCCCUCGAAAGUGUCUCGUCGUCUCUCUCCUAUCCUCCCGUCGUUCAGGGUAUCGUUUACGAAUGUCGCGCGAUCGAGCGUUCCGCCGGCGAUCUACGAGAAGCUGCUGCUGCUGCUGGUGCUGGUGCUGCUGCUGGUGCUGCUGCUGCUGCUGCUACUGCUGCUGGACGAACGCUUAUCGUCCUCGCGUUUGCUCGUGGGAAAAUCAACGAAUACGCUGAUUCCCGAUAGAUAUUUUUUUUGUCGAAUAAUAGAUAAUAGAAUCGCGUUUUAGAGUAAUUAAAGAUAAAACGAAAUAAGAGGGAGAAAGGAAUAAAGGAAGAUAAUAAUAAUACGCGCGUGACAUGAUACAAGAAGAUAAAGUAAUCAUCAUUGUGUCCGGUGAUCAUCUGGUAGUAAUUACUACCUUGGACUUGAGAUAAGUGAUUGAGUAAUACAGGAGAAACCAGUCGAUCGUUCUUUCCUUUUUUUUUCCCCCCCUUUUUUUCUCUCUCUCUAUCUAUCUUUCUUUCUUUUUUUCUUUCUUUCUUUCUCUAUUCGACGAUAGACUUGGUAAAAUAUAAUUCGUCGCGAAAAGUGUUUACGAUAAUGUCCGGCGAGACGGAGAUCGAAGUGUCGGUCGUAUCCGAGGAGGAUCUCGAGCUCGAGGGCUCGCGAAGUAGUUCAACCCCUGCGGACUUGUUAAUUCAAGAUAAAAAUGGAAAAGGUAGUUGCGGAUUGGCGCUUGGUAAUCAUCAUCGUCCGUUCAGCUUCGACGUUGGCAAGCCGGCCCUUAGGCCGGCUGGCAAUCCCCAAUACACGUCGUUCAGUAUUCAAAGUAUUCUUGGUAGAUCGGUGUCACCAAGAAGCGAUUCGACGUCUAACGUUUCCUCAACGGAAAGACGUUCGACCGAUGUCGAGGUUGCAUCCUCGCCCGUUUCCCCGCCCAGUUCUAGGACGAACAAUCAAAGGAUCCAUCCGUCAUGUGCUAGCCCACCUAGAAUAAGCUCGCCUACUUCUCUGAAACAAGCCGUCGGUCAUCAACGUGCAUCGGCGAGCAAUCAAGUAAUCGAAAACAACUCGAGAAACGAUGCUGCAAGCAUCGGUGUUGGUUGUACAAGCCCACCUAGUCCUACCGUCGCAACAGCAUAUUCACCAACUACCAGUGAUGCCACGACUAAUUCCAAUUUGGCUCAUCAAACAGUCGAUUUUGCCACCGUCGUUGAACAUGGACACAUGCUUCAAAGAUUGGGACUGAUGUCUACCCUGAUAAGCGCCCGAUAUCCAGUCGGUGUUUUCUUCCCGCCGUUGCAACAUCUUCAUCAGCAUCCGCAACAACAGCAACACCAACAGCAACAACAACAACAGCAACAUCAUUCCCGUUUAGCUACGGUUUCAUCAGCGUUGAGUAACGCUGUUCAAGUUGCUGGACAAACCGCGGAUAUCAAUGAGGUAACAGCCGAAGCUAGCAUCAGAGGAGUACUUCCUGGUGGGCCAGCAGCUUGGCCAUUUCCAUGGAGGCCUGCUCACGGAUUGCAAACACUCGAACAUCCGUCGCCAGGCGACGUUGUUGGUGCUCUCAGUCGUGUCAGCCCAGCUUCCGCAUCCUUUCCUCAAAAGGACGAGCUGGAGGACGAGAACGUCGAGGACCGGCUGCACCGGACGAGAAGUUCAUCGAGCGGGGACGAGGCUCACGACGAGUUGGCCGACGGGGACGAUUGCCAAGAUGGCGACGGCGACGGCGACUCGACGAAUGCAGGAUUGCACGGUGGCGUGGGCGGCGGUGGGUCGGCCGGUGGUGGAGGGGUUGGUGGCGGAGGAGGUGGCGGUGGAGGUGGUGGCGGGGGUACCGGUGCUCAGAGUAACGGAGUGCAAGUGGGCCUAGACUCGCGGGAUUCCGGUAGCAUAAAGCGGAAGAAGAAGACGCGCACGGUGUUCUCGCGAUCGCAGGUCUUCCAAUUGGAAUCGACGUUCGACAUGAAACGUUAUCUCUCCUCCUCGGAACGGGCAGGGCUAGCCGCGUCCCUGAGAUUAACGGAGACUCAGGUGAAGAUCUGGUUCCAGAAUCGUCGGAACAAGUGGAAAAGACAAUUGGCAGCCGAAUUGGAGGCCGCCAAUAUGGCGCAUGCUGCACAGAGACUGGUCAGGGUACCGAUAUUGUAUCACGAAGCAUCUGCGGGCAGCGCUACCUCGGCUGGGGUAUCGGUAUCGGUCGCGGCACCACCUCAACCACCCACGGCACCGUCCUCGGCCGUUUCCUCGGUGCUCUCCCAUUCCGUCGGGGUUGGCGUUGGCGUAGGAGUCGGCACUUCCUGUGCCCAAGUGGUCGGUCAAACGGCCCAACCGAUCUUCUACUCUCAUCACCAUCAACACCAUCAUCAUCACCCGACUCACGUCCAGCCCCAUGCCCUUUUACCCCACCAAGUGCAUCCCCAACCGCCCCCGCCACCCCCGCCACCGCCCAACGGGCAACCAACCCAAUCCUCCUCGCAAUAACACCGUCCGCUAUUCUGCCCGAUUGCGAUCGUCUUCGACCGGCAGCACCAGCAACAACAACCUAAGGGAAUCACCUUGAGAAACGACCACGACCACGACGACGACCACCACCAACGCCUCAGGAAGGAGAAUCGAGAGGAAGGGGUGGAAAUAAGGGAUGUGGACGAACACCAGGAGGAGGAGGACGUUCUCUCGGUGUCAAUCGACGAUGCUCGUCCUUCCGACGUAGAUCUCGAUGUUGGAUGAGCCUGAUCAUUAUGCAUCAUAAAAGAAUGGACUUUCUCCCCCUCUCUCUCUCUUUCUCUCUCACCCUCGUUAACUCUCUCUCUCUCUCUUUCUCUCUCUCAU